AUGGCUCUAAUAAGUAUGCGUGGCAUAAUCGUCAUGCCAAAGAUGAACAUGGUCCAAUCAAUUCCCAGUUGCAAGUCCUACCAACAUCAAGCCAUGAUUAUGCUGCAGCCUCACCACGACCGUAUGCAUGCCAGGAGUAUUAGUCACUCCAUAAUCUGUGGAGCUGAAAGGCCAAGGAUCAGCACAGGGAGUGGUGGACAAAUUAAUGGGGCGAAGGGGUUGCGGCAGCAGAAUGUUUCUGAUCUCACCAGCUCAAAGACUGAUCAGAAAGAUGGCAAGAAAAGCAAAGAAGAUGUUGCUGCUACUCCAAAAAAGACUGGUUCUACCAAUUGA